AUGUCUUUCUUUUAUGCAAUGGAAACUCCCGAACGGGUAAAGAAUGCCAAAGGCUUACACCUCAUAACCUCUCUAACUCCAAAUGGAAGAAAAGUCCACAUUCUUCUCGAAGAACUAAAGGAGGCCUACAGCUUUGAAUGGACGACAAGUCUGAUUGACCUCGACAAGAAUGAACAGAAAAAAGACUGGUUUCUCAGACUGAAUCCUAAUGGGCGUAUCCCAAUCUUGAUCGACAACAAUACACGUCCACCUCAUGUGGUAAUGGAAUCAUCCGCCGAACUUUUGUAUCUCGUCAAUUCAGCAGACGAAAACAAUCUUUUCUGGUUUUCAGACCCGAUUAAUCAAAGCGAGGCACUCCAAUGGCUAACAUUCUGGCAUGCCUCGGGGCAACCCAAUCAAGGGCAGUACAAUUUCUUUCGGAACAAUGCAGACCAAAGUCCUCAUGCACUGGCUCGCUUCAAGCGGGAACUGCUCCGGGUUUACGACGUCCUUGAAAUCCGACUUUCGGGGAGAUAUGGUGGUGGCGCGCGGGAGUACUUAGCUGGGCGAGGCAAGGGGAAAUAUAGUAUUGCUGAUAUCAAUGCCUGGGCUUGGAUAAGAAAUAUUCGACGGAUUGGAUUCUCAGAGGAGGAAUUGGAUCGGUUACCUCAUUUACAACAGUGGGUGGAUCGCAUUGCGGCGCGACCGGCUGUGGAGCGAGGUCUGGGAGAGUGGUACGAUGAGGAUGUGCAUCCAGAGUUGUUGCUUGAGACUCGAUGA